AGAGAAAGGGCCGGCAGGAAGACUGUAGAUAAAAUAGGAGGGAGCCGUACGUUGUUGAAUGAAGCUCAGCCUUUGUGAAUGGAUAUGCGCGCUUCUGCAUCCUAAGAGAGAAGCUUUCAUUCAUUAAAUUAUUUUACUACAAUCCAUUAAUCAAUGUCUCUCCCUUUUCUCUCUUCUUCUACUUCUCCUAUUUCCUCUCCUACUUUUUCUCUUUAUCCUUACUCUUCUUUAUAUCUUCAUCAUCAAAUUCCUCAUGCGGCUACAACUCUUAAAUUAUUGACUUUUGGAGGUGGAAAGAAUUUAAAGCUUGCUUUUAUGGGGAAAAGGUCACGAGGGUUUUUGUGGGUUUCGUCUGCUUCUAAGUGUAGAAGUGACAAAAGGGGAGAUUUUGGCAAGUCUGAAGAUGAUGAAGAGGAGACUGAUGGUGAUACUGAAGAAGAAGAAGAAGAGGAAGAGUUGAAGGAGAUAAGUGGGUCAUCUUCUUCUUUGCCUGAGAGAUGGGAUGUUUUGGGCCUUGGUCAAGCCAUGGUAGACUUUUCUGGUGUGGUUGAUGAUGAAUUUUUGGAGAGAUUGGGAUUAGAGAAGGGAACAAGGAAGGUUGUAAAUCAUGAAGAGAGAGGUAGGGUUUUGCGCGCAAUGGAUGGCUGCAGCUAUAAGGCUGCUGCUGGUGGAUCUCUAUCUAACAGCCUGGUUGCCUUGGCAAGGCUUGGUGGUAAGCCCAUUGGAGGCCCUGCUCUGAAUGUAGCUAUGGCAGGCAGUGUGGGUAGUGAUCCAUUGGGUGGCUUCUACAGGGCAAAACUGCAACGGGCAAAUGUGAAUUUUUGCUCUGCACCCAUCAAGGAUGGAACAACAGGAACAGUGAUAGUUCUCACCACUCCAGAUGCCCAACGCACAAUGCUUGCAUAUCAGGGUACAUCAUCAACUAUCAACUAUGAUCCUUCCUUGGCUAGUCUAAUUUCCAAGACAAAUAUACUUGUUGUUGAAGGCUAUUUGUUUGAAUUUCCUGAUACGAUCAAAACAAUUACAAAAGCUUGUGAAGUGGCUCGCAGCAUGGGUGCUCUUGUUGCAGUAACAGCAUCAGAUGUGACCUGCAUUGAGAGACAUUAUGAUGAUUUCUGGGAAAUAGUUGGAAACUAUGCGGAUAUCGUUUUUGCCAACAGUGAUGAGGCAAGAGCUUUCUGUCAUUUCUCCUCGAAAGAAAGCCCUGACUCAGCCACCAGGUACCUCAGCCACUUUGUUCCCUUAGUCUCAGUUACUGAUGGGCCAAGAGGCUCUUACAUUGGUGUGAAGGGAGAAGCUCUAUAUAUACCUCCUUCGCCAUGUGUUCCCAUUGACACUUGCGGUGCUGGUGAUGCAUAUGCAUCUGGUAUUUUAUACAGUAUAUUACGGGGCAUUUCGGACUUAAAAGGAAUGGGUACUUUAGCAGCUAGAAUUGCUGCCACAGUUGUAGGGCAACAGGGGACCCGACUCAGCGUGCUUCAUGCGGGUGAGCUAGCAGAGACAUUUGCAUACCAUCUUGAGGGUUCAAGUGUAACAUCGGAUGUUGGUUCUGAUCAUAUUUCCAGCUUGUAAUUGGGAGCCUUGGUCCCAUCAAGUUCAUUUUGUAGGCAGUAUUAUUCAUUUGUUGAUAGCUCUGUAACAUUGUACAUUAUCAUUAUACAUUGAUUACCGGCUAAAAAAUUGCCAGGUCUUAGUAAUAUAAUUUAAUAAUGUUGGUUGUAUUCUCAAGA